UCCUCAUCAUCUGUGAACUGUGAUUCUGUGGGGGCUGGUAGGUAGCAUUGUAAUCUUUCUCUCUCUCUCUCUUUCUCUCUCUCAGAGAAGCAGGGAAAAAUAUCAAAAAUGCAUACUUUGAACCAGGUAUCCUCGCUUUCCCCCUUCACUUAUUCGAGAUUAAACCAAAGAUUCCAAGGCCAUUCUUACUCUUUCAUUGCAAAUCGAGGAAUACAAGACCACUCAUCUGGUUUAUUCAACAAACUCUGCUCCAAAAUCUCAGGACCUCGGGCCAAAACCUUCAAUCUCAGUGAGGUCCAUAGCCACCCAUUUGGGUUUUAUUCUAAACCAACUGCCCAGGUCCUCGAGGACGGAAGCAACACCUCCGGUCUCAGCAAAACCAAUGGGUACCCAUUUGGAUUUUUCUCAAAACCAGCACUACAGAUCCCAAGGGCAGCUUCCGGAGCUUCCCAGGAAGCAAUUCCAGACGGAGAUGGUACAGAAUCGAAGCAACAAACCCUUCAGCUUGCUCUGGUUUUCGGGUUCUGGUACUUUCAGAACAUUGUGUUCAACAUCUACAACAAGAAAGUUUUAAACCUCUUUCCCUUCCCAUGGCUUCUGGCCUCAUUUCAACUCUUUGUGGGAUCUGUAUGGAUGUUCCUUCUCUGGUCGCUGAAACUCCAACCUUGCCCGAGGAUAUCCAAGUCAUUUAUUAUUGCUCUCCUGGGGCCUGCUCUGUUCCACACGAUUGGCCACAUUUCUGCAUGCGUUUCCUUCUCCAAGGUUGCGGUCUCCUUCACCCAUGUCAUCAAAUCUUCAGAACCCGUUUUCUCUGUUAUUUUCUCGUCUUUCCUCGGUGACACUUAUCCCCUAAGUGUCUGGCUUUCCAUCCUCCCGAUUGUUCUUGGUUGCUCCUUGGCUGCAGUAACUGAGGUUUCCUUCAAUUUGCAAGGUUUAUGGGGGGCUCUGAUCAGUAAUGUGGGCUUCGUUCUCAGAAAUAUUUAUUCAAAGAAGAGCUUACAGAGCUUCAAGGAAGUAAAUGGACUAAAUUUAUAUGGAUGGAUCAGUAUAAUCUCUCUGCUAUAUCUGUUUCCUGUGGCUGUAUUCGUUGAGGGAUCGCAAUGGGUUGCAGGUUAUCAAAGAGCCAUUCAAGCUGCUGGCAAUCCGUCGACAUUCUAUUUAUGGGUGCUCUUAUCUGGGGUGUUUUAUCAUCUGUAUAACCAAUCUUCUUAUCAAGCUCUUGACAAGAUUAGCCCAUUGACAUUCUCGGUUGGAAAUACAAUGAAGCGGGUGGUGGUGAUCGUAUCCACAGUUUUGGUCUUCAGGAACCCAGUGAGACCUUUGAAUGCUCUGGGAUCUGCUAUUGCAAUCUUUGGCACCUUCUUGUAUUCGCAGGCAACAACAGCUAAAAACGUGAAGAAGGAUGGAGUUGAAAAGAAGAAUUAAAUUUGUUUGUUUUCCUUUUCUCUUCUUUCUCUAUUUCUUCUUCCCCCAACCCCCAAAUUUAUAAUGUUUUUAUUAGUCUUCCAUAAACUACUUGUCAGCAUGGAAGCUGAUUGCUUUUGAAGUCUGACUAGCAACUUAGCUAAACAAUUAUGUUACAUUCUCUAGAUUAUAGGGCUCUACUCCACUAUGAUACAUCAGUCUCAUAGAAUUUCUAAUUAGUUGUCCUAGUUGCCAAUUGAAUUGCCUUAGGAGUUCUACAAACAUUGAGGAACCAAUGCCUGAAGAUUUGUUCUUGACGAUCUAAUUCCUUUAUUAUAGCCUUAACUCUGUCAAUAAAAGGAAAUGGAUAUAGCAAUGGGAAUCUGUCCAGCAAAAGAUCUGUUGAGGUGUUCUUUAUUAAUGCAUCCAAAUACCAUUUUUUUGA